AUGGCAGCUCGUAAUACUCUGCGUCGCUCUCUCCUAUAUGUCCCGGGAUCCUCCCAACGCUUCCUAGACAAGUCCCGCUCAUUAAGAGCCGACUGUCUCACCUACGAUCUAGAGGACAGCGUGACCCCGCACAUGAAAGCAGAGGCCCGCAACCUCGUGCGAAGAGCAAUUGACCAACCUUCGCCAUCAGGGAUCCGCGAACGAGCCGUGCGGAUUAACUCCGUAGACAGCGGGCUCGCACUAGGCGAUCUGACCGAAGUGCUUAAAUCGCCGAACUUGACUACAAUCGUCAUUCCCAAGGUCAACUCGGCCUCUGAUUUGACAUUCGUUACGGAUGUCGUGAACCAUACACUUGCGCAGCAAGAUAGAACUCCUAUCUCGCUUUUGGCGCUGGUAGAGUCAGCCAAGUCUCUCACGAACCUUUCUCAGAUCUGUGCCGCCUCGCCCCUGCUACAGGGUUUGAUUUUCGCGGCCGAGGACUUCGCUUUGGAUUUGAGUAUCACGCGAACACCCUCGUUGACGGAGUUUUUGUUUGCGCGAUCUGCGAUCGCGACUGCGGCGCGAGCCGCCAACCUGCCUUCGACUAUUGACCUCGUUUGUACCGCCUACAAGUCUGAGAAGGGCGAUGGGCCGCCUGCUGUUUUGCAGGAGGAAUGUCGUGAUGGCAGACGGUUAGGUUUCAAUGGUAAGCAGUGUAUCCAUCCAACUCAGGCGAAGGUUGCGGAUGAAAUCUUCGGGCCGGAUGCUGGGGAGACGGAGUGGGCUAUGCGGGUUGUCAUUGCGGAUGAGAAGGCUGCUAAGGCAGGACGAGGUGCUUGGACUCUUGAUGGAAAGAUGAUUGAUGUUCCCGUUGCGCAUAAGGCUAGGGCUAUUGUCAAGAAGGCGCAGGCUUGUGGGGUUGAUAUUGACGCUCUGAGGGGGGAAUGGGAACAUCAGGAGCCAGAAUAG